AAGACGAAGCGGAGAGUGGAGGACGGGAGGCAUGUAACCCUGAUUCCUCGACCAGAAAGGACAAUUUCGAUCAAUACAUACUUUAGCAGACUCAGACGACUUCCUGGCCGAGUUUCCACAGCAAUAAUUACUCAGAUACGAGAGAUCGCCGACUCCGACUCGUACUGUGAAACCUCACGAUCCCUCGCGGCAUAUGUAAUGGCAACAUGGCUCAUUGGGAUUCACCGGUCCGCUGCCACUACGGCACCGUCACUUAGUGAGGCCGGACAAUAUCUAGUAAUCUCCGCCAAGCUGGGACAUGGUCAGGCUCGCGCUACGCUGGGAAAGGUACUGGAUUGGAUAGGGAUGCCGAAUCCUAUAGAAUCAAAGGUUGAGGAAAGUUGGCUCUACGACUUGGCUGUGCUUGGAGAUCGACGUUCUUUAAAGCGACUGAGUUCAGAACGAUGCGCUGAGGCAUUGCGGGAUCAGAUAUCAACACUGGAUUCACGAAUCAAAGAGAAAGCAGAUAUCUCUGCGCCUUCAGAUCAGGCGCUUUCGGAAAGCGACCAGCUCAAAGACAGCGGCGAACUGAGAGGGCACCUCCCUCUCACCUGCAGGUACUUGGUUGGCCAGAGCUGGCAUGUCAGCUUGCAAAAGAUUCUCGACAUACCAGGCCUCAUGGAUGCCGACUUGUGCGUUUCUCUUCUGAUGCAAGCCUGUCAAGCGGGUGACUAUAGGAUUGCCAAAGUUCUCAUCGAGCACGAUACGCCGCUAAGAGAUGAAACCUCCAGACUAACACCACUGCAUUUCUUGGCCCAUUUUGGAGAUGAGGAUAUGCUUCCUUUAGCACGGCAGCUCAAAGACAGAGGUAUCGAUCUAGAAGCCCGCUGCAACCUCCCUGCGCAAUGCACCUUUGGCCAACUCGAUUUGCGAGACACCCUUGUUGAUGCGACGCCUCUGCUGUUUGCGGUGGCACAGUCGAGCCUGACAGCAGUUUCUGUGCUUGUUUCCCUGGGCGCGGAUCCAUUCAACGGAGCCGAGAAGUAUGAACCGCACACAGGAACUAUUUCUGCUCAGAAACGUGGGAGGACAUACUCACCAGUCCAUUUUGCCGCAAGACUACACAUGUCAGAAAUCCUUCGGGCCCUGUUACCUGAUGACAAGGAAUAUGGACAGUUGUGGGAUUGGAUGUGUUAUGAAACGCACUCGCUAAAGGUCACUCCGCUAUGGUGUGCCGUCGAUUACUGGUACCAGGGCAUGUACGAUCGGGUAUUACUGCAUGGGAAAGAUCACAUCAAGAGAUGCGAGGAGACUAUUACUUUCCUGUUGAAACGUGGAAGUCAAGGCCACGCAGUCAGUUGGGAUGUCGUCACCCAGGUCAAACAUUCCGUGUUCACAGCAGCGACCUUGUACGGCCAACCGUUUGUGCUGAAUCAUCUGCGAUCUUUAGACAUUCAGCCCACUACGAAGAAUCUCAUCAGAACACUUCAGAUUGCCCUUGAUGUCGAGGACUUGACGGCGGUUGAGUACCUCCUGCCACUUGCCGAAAGAGAGACUCGAGACUCAGACUCGGCCUUUCAGCUUCAAGCAUCGAUUCAAGGUCACAAAGUUGCAGACUUCAUCAGCCAUUUAUACGAUAUCAAGGAACGCCUCGAGUCAAACGCAAGGUCAAAACUCAAGCUUGAUUUAAUCAGGGAUCCGCCACUCAAAGAAACCGUUGGCCCGGAUGUCGGCCAGGACAUCAUGCAGCAGAAGGCUUCGCAGGGAGGCUUCAAGAUGUCGUUCACUAUACGGCCCGGGCCUGGUGGGCGCAGCAUCAUGGAACACACAGGCGAGUCGAGCAUGAUGCCGCCCAAAGGUACGCCUUUACCCAUCGAAGCAGAAGACAGUGGCAUUUCUGCCUUUGAAAUGGCCGUCAUGGGUGGGUACGAGGCACUUGCGAGCGAACUGUACGAGAGCGAGGAAUGUGACGUGUCAUGCCGCCGCGUAGAUGAGGACGGCGAUGAGACUACCCUCCUAGCACGUCUUAUCCGCAAGAGCCGCAAGUACAGCAACUUUGACAAGCAAAUCCUAUUUCUUCUCGAGCUUACUCCCCCCAGCGCAGAAGAAUUCUUCCGUGCGUGUAUACCUUCUGGUUCAAAUGCCAACGAAGGGCUAUCUAUUCUUCACAUGUCUGUCAUUCUUGACGAGUCUCAAACAGAGUUCAAGCCCCGCGCCCCGCGCCAGAUUGUCUCUGCCAUCAUUGAGAAGUACCCAGACUCAGAGUAUCUGAACGCAGUCAAUGCAGAGUUUGGCGCUGCUGUACAUAUAGCAGUCGAAAUGGGUAAUCUGGAUGCACUCAAGGAACUUGAACAUGAAGACGUUGAGUGGAAUCUUCUAAACGGGCAUGGGGAGACACCCCUCGACAUUACGGCCCGGCGGCUACUAAACGUACAUAAGUUUCUACAGCAGAGCCGUCAUCUCCAAAAGCUGGAACAGCCCGAAGAGUACAAAGAAGCUGUGAGCACUUAUCGGGCGAAUGAACAGCGGACGAAGAGCUUUCUACAAGGGAGGGGGGGAAGAUACGAAAAGUACAACGGGUUCAUGCACAGGAGGAGUGAGACUGAGUGGGAUCUAGAGAACUUUACCGUCUCGGGGAGCAUGCAAGUCAACGUCGCGGAGCACUUGGCGAUCCUUGAAAGCCGUUCGGUUGGCGAGAGUGAACCAAAUGUAGCAGCUCAUCUGCGUAAACUAAGAGUUUGGAAAUUCUCGGAAGCACUGCAGGCGUUAGACAAGGGUACCGCAGUAAUUUGUAUCACAGCUGAUAGGGGCUCCGUCCAACAAGUCGUUUGGCGGGCAUGGUACGACAAGCCUGAUCAGCUAAACGACGUCUUUCCGAUAGCCCCAUACGAUGAUUUUUUGCAGAAUAACGGAGUAAGGGACUGA